UUCGGCUUUUUGCCAAAGCAAGGCAAGGAGAAAUGCCGCGGUGCCUGAUGGCGCGAUAUCAGAGGACGGAGAAUUCAAGCGAAGAGACCAAGUUCUCAUGGCUGCCGCCGUCCUCCGCGGACCUCAAACGCAAGAGUCAUCCGAGGAACGCGGCGUCGAAGACGAGCAACAUCUGGACGUGUUCCGGGCUGCCCAUCGUGACCCGCUACAGCUUCCACAGGAUCAAUGGCGCAAAAACAUUCGAUGCUCCAGGUGCAGGUCGAGCUCCCGCGAACGCCCGUCCUCAGGAACUCGUCCCGUCGACCGACAAGAACGCGCGGGUCGAUCCGGGAACGGCAACCGCGACACUGCUCGACGACGUCGUCGCGCCUAGGACGUCCUCCACGUCCACCACGGAAGUGGUGAGGGCGGUUGAUCCGGAGAAGUUGACCGGUGCAUUGAGUCAGAAGCUGGUGAUCAACGACUGCGAGGCGCAAACGCUCUCGCAAGCGCUCUACCUGGUGCCGAAGCAGAAGCAACACGAGGUGCAGAUGCCGAGCAGCGUCACCGAAGGCAAAACACCCGCGAGGGAGAAUGCGCAAGUCUGGAAGAGGAACAAAACCAUGCAUUACUGUCCGUACUGUCGAAAGAGCUUCGAUCGACCGUGGGUGUUGAAGGGCCACCUGCGCCUGCACACGGGCGAACGGCCCUUCGAGUGCCCAGUUUGCCACAAGUCCUUUGCUGAUCGCUCAAAUCUGCGCGCUCAUCAGAGGACACGCAAUCAUCACCAGUGGCAGUGGCGCUGCGGUGUGUGCUUUAAGGCGUUUUCUCAAAGGCGCUACUUGGAACGUCACUGCCCGGAAGCCUGCCGGAAAUAUCGCAUAUCCCAGAAGAAGGACAUCGUUUGCCAAUAAGUGUAGACGGAAAUAUCAGUAGCACGAAAUUACCGAGUGAUAUUGUUCCUAACGAUACGUGUUGCGUGUGCGAAAUUCUAUAAUGUAUCGCGACAUUGGAAACUGCGCUCUGGCAUGGCAACAAGAAUGUUGCGCUAGCCGUUCUUUUAUCUUUCAAUAAAAUGCCCUUUCUACCAACGUUA